UUGCCAUUGCACAGCAUCGAGACAGCGUUCUCCGACCAGGAGGAGGAAGACGACAUCGACAACCACAAGAUCCACAAGUCGGCCAACUACUACAGAAGACAGGAGCAGAAACUCAACUUGAAGGCUCUCAUCGAGCGGGUCAAGAACAUCCAGAAGGACGAGGAGAACCGGUUUUUUGAGCAGAAGUUGUUGGCCAAAGCCCCUGCUGAGGAGAUGUCCCGGGUGUCCCCCGAGCUUCCCAGCAAAUCGUUGUUGCUCAGACUCUACCGCGACGCUACAGAAUGUCCCAUCUGCUUCUUGUACUACCCAAGAAACCUCAACGUGUCCAGAUGUUGCGUGCAGCCCAUCUGUACCGAGUGUUUCGUGCAAAUCAAACGGUUGGACCCCCACUCCCCCCACGACGAUCCAUCUAACCAGCAGGGCUCCGAGGCGUUGCCACACACAUUGAUCUCCGAGGCUGCAAGCUGUCCUUAUUGUGCCCUGCCCGAUUUUGGUGUGACCUACGACGCUCCAAUUGACAUCAACACGGGCAUUGGAGGAAGCAUGAAGGCAGGACAGUUCACAGGACCGAUCGAAAGUAUUCCUGAGGACUCCGAGGCGGUGAUAUCGUCAUCUCCUGGGUCCAACGAAUUUGCAGUGCAGGAAAUGGUUGCUGUGAAGAAGCCUGUCAGUGCAGGCAAGAGAAGAAAAUCCUUGGCAGCCGAUGCUGCAGGAGUGAUUACUAUCGAUAUCAUUAGACCAGAUUGGGAGCAGAAACUCACAUCUGCGCGCAACAAGUUGGCCAGAAAGGCAGCCACAGCCAGUGCUAUCCAUGCAUCCAACUUGCUCAUUCAAGGAGACGAGGAGCCCAGACAGGGGCGCAGAAGAGCCACCACCAACGGGUCCAGCUCGCACUUGAGGUCAGCAGAGGAGCGCAUGAUCGAGGAAGCGUUGCGGUUGUCGUUGUUGGACGAGGAGGAAAGGCAGAGAAAGGCCGAGUUCGAGGAGAGAAAGAAG